CCUCAGCAAUGCAAGGGCGGGAAGCACCGAAUCCAGCGGAUCUUCCGACUCAAUAAAUGGGUACUCCUCCUCGAUUAACUCAGCGAAGCCAGCAGCAGCAGUGUUGGAAGCGCCACCAUUAAUGUUACCACCGCCACCACCACCACCACCACCACCACCACCACCAUCGCCAUCACCACCAUCACCAGCAGCAGAACAGCCACCCGCAAAGCCAGCAGCACUCCCAGCCUUCAGCAGACUGCCCUUGGGGAUGCAGCCAAGAGGGGAAGGAGAAAACUGCUUCUGCUGCCUCUGCUUCUCCUGCUGCUGCUGCUGCUGCAGGUGGUGGUUAGGAUUGCUGGUAGGAUUGGGCAGGGGUGUGCCGCAAGCGAGGUGUGGCGCGCUAAUAACUGGAGAUGGAUGCCUGCUGACCUGCGCAGAAAGGGGAGGGGGGGAGGCAAAGACGGCUUUGAGGUCCUUAUGCAUGAGAGGGGAAAGUGAUGACUUGAAUGUGCGCGUGAGAGGUGACUUUUGAGUCGACUCAGAAGUCAGCAGCUGGCGUUAAGGGGUGACUUUUGAGUCGACUCAAAAGUCAGCUCAAGGCAAAGACGGCUUUGAGGUCCUUCCUUGUGCAUGAGAGGGGAAAUUGAUGACUUGUAUGUGCGCGUGCGCCCCCCUGCUUGCCCUGCCACUUGUCCUUCUGGCGCCGCCACCUCCGCAUCUGGUAAGAAGAGGGUUGAGUAUUUGAGGAACAGCGGAGCAUUGUGAGAGGAAAGGGAGGGGUGCAAAGGGAUAAAACAGGCCCCCCCUGCUUGCCCUGCCACUUGUCCUUCUGCUGCCGCCACCUCCGCAUCUGGUAAGUUGAACGAGUGUCAAAAAGGGAGGGGGCUUGUGAGUGGAGGCGAAACACGGCAAGGAAGGAAGGAAGGAAGGAAAGAUACUUGUACAACAAAUCGACUUACCCUUGCAUUGAUGAACCAGCCGACUUUUGAGUGGACUCAAAAGGGCUUGUGAGUGGAGGCGAAACACGGCAAGGAAGGAAGGAAGGAAGGAAGGAAAGAAUGAAAGAUACUUGUACAACAAAUCCGUGUGUAAUGAGUCGAUUUUUGACUAGACUCAAAAAUCGACUCAUUACAACACACAUCAACUUACCCGUGCAUUGAUGCACCAGCCGUUCAGCUGUGAGUCGAUUCCAAAGCCACCUCGCAACGACUGGACGAUACUUGUCAAGCCAAAAGAAAGUCUCACCCGUGCAUUGAUGAACCAGCAGUUGACCUGAGUGUCCCUCAGCCCCGAGUUUGCUGCAAGCUCCGCCUUCUCCCUCUGCUCGUUGGCGGGGGGAACGGGGGAGGAGGAGGAGAAGAAUGGGGAGUGGAGGGGGGAGAAGGGACACGAAAGGGAGGGGAAGGAAGGCGUGGGAGGGGGGUGGGGAAGGAAAAGAGGAGUGGGGAAAGAAGACGGGAGGUGGUGGAGGAACAGAGUUGAAACGACAGCGUACCUAAAACCAGUAAAAAGGCAGAUAAAGCUCUAUCCGAGAGACUGAGAGGAAUGUUCACUGAGGUUUGAAGGGACUGUGAUUAAAGCCAAAUGUGAGAGGUAUGUGACUGAAAAAUAAAGCUGCACCCUGGUA